AUGGCUAUGGCGACGCAAUACGCGCAAGGCGCUGCCUCCACCUCUGCAUCCGCUCAGGCUGCUUCGACACGCACGAGCGAAUCGAGUUUCAACGCAUUUGCACGCGUGCUGCAAGCGUGCAAGGACCUCGAUCCAGCCGCCAGAAUCGAUCCCGACAACGGUACCGCUCUCCUCUUUGCAGACAUCUGCUCAGGCCUCGGCGAAGAAGCGCUGGAUGACGCAGGCUACAUCGCGCGCCGCCAAGAUGAGAACCUCGAAGAUGACGACAGAGAAGCUUGGGAUCUCGAACAGAGCACUUGGAGACUGGUCCACAUGCUCACAUCCGAAAGGCUGCAGCGCGUCGAGCGCAAGUCGCAGGCUGCAUCAGAUGAGCAGGACAAGGCUGCACUCUCACCAUACGAGACUCCUCUCGCCGCGAUACAGAACAUCUUUGAAAAGGACGAGCAUCUCAACGAGCUUCGAAUCAUCCGUGAAUGGCUCCAAGAGACACUAGUCCCGAGACAUAUUGUAGAAGUACGCAAAGGCUACCUCGCUUUCACCAAGAAUCGAGUGCGCGCCGAGAAGCGUGCAAGUGUUGCAGGUGGAUCCACGGCCAGCGACGGACGCAAGUUGACGUUCGGUUCGGCUGCUAGCUCGAGUUUUGCGCCUAAGAACCGCGGUAAGGCCGUCAAGAACCUGGAUCCCGAUGCUGUUUCACGGGGUGAAGGUGGUCUCGAGCUCGAAGACGCUACCUACGAAAAGGCACUCUUGCGAACGCUGUUCGAGUACGCGCGCGCAGGAAGACUAGACGCUGCCUUCGACCUCUGCCACCAAAUCGAUCAGAGCUGGCGAGCCGCAACGCUGCGAGGUGCCAUGCUCUACCACGACCCUUCCGUCAGUGCCGAGCCGCAGGACGUCGACCGUGUCGUGGGCAACCGUAAUCGGUCUCUUUGGAAAUCAGCGUGUCGCAAGCUCUCUGCAAACUCCAAUCUCGACGAAUUCGAACGAGCGCUGUACGGAUCUUUGGCAGGCGAGCUUCAAUCGGUAGUCAAUGUCAGUCAGAGCUGGGAGGAAUUCCUCUGGGCGCACGUCAACGCCAAGCUGGAAGCUGCCGUUGACCUCAAGCUCGACGAGAGGCACAAUUGGUGGAGCCAAGAAGCUGACUUGGACCUGUUUGGCGAGGGCGAGCACGGCGCUGUCGAGGUCUCACAAGGAGCUGCCACAUCUGGAUCUGCAUCCGGAACUCAAGCAGGAAACAUUGCGAGAGGAGAGGUCGAGGUUGGAUCUCUUCACGGCGUCUUCGACAAACUCAGCCAAACACAGUCUCACAGCAUCCAUCUGCAAGCCAACAAUCCGUACCGUUUGGUGCAAAGGAGCAUCAUCUCGAACAAUCUUACGGAUCUCUUCAACCGCUUUGCCGACAACCUCGGCGAUAUGCAGGCAUCGCUCGAACCUGCAACCUUUGCACGGCUGCUGCGCUUCUUUGCUCAUCUCAUCCUCUACCUGCGUCUGCUCUCCAUCUCGCUUCCAGAUUUUGCAUGCAACGCCAUCCUCUCGUGUUACGUGCAGGUCUUGGAGGCAGCAGGCGAGACCAACUUGGUAGCCAUGUACGCCAGCUCGCUCGAGCCGCAGUCGGCGACAAGGAGCUAUGCCAACUUCUUGCGCUCCAUGGAUGUGAACGCCAGUCGCGAGGCAAAAGCGCAUGCGCUUCGACAAGCAGAACAACACAACCUCGAUUUGGCAGCAGUGGCCAGGUGCACGGUGGAGAUGGCAUUCGACGACCUCUUUCCUAGCAUCGUCUCUGACUUUGAUGAGCCAGCAGGCUUUGGAGGCGGUCACAAGACAAGAGGUGGAGCUGGAAAGCUGGACGCGAUCCGAUUCGAGGUGCGCCUGGACGGAAACGACGAGGCUCUGGUGCGGGCGAUCGACUGGCUGACGUUCGAUCCAACAACAUAUGCCGAUGCGAUCACACAAUCCAAUGCUCUCACAAGGCUUUUCUUGUCGACAGGACGCCUGCAUGCGGCGAAAGUGCUACGCGAACGCAUGCCCAACGAGGUGCUAUCGAGCAUGGAUAGUCUCGACCUGCCGAUGGACCAAAGCAUCGAGCGCUCCGGUUGGGACACAUUCUUCACUGCCUUGGAAGCGCACGUUGCCUACAAGCACUUCUGGACCACGCGACCUGCCGAUAUCGCUUCAUCAGGUGCUCGCGCUGCAGGAGGCAUGUCGAAACUGGAACGUAUGAACUGGAUCAAGGCGCUAAGCCAAGUAGUCGAACAAGCACGUGAUCUCGAUCUGGUCUUGCUGGAAAGGGAUUGGCUCAAGAUCCCUCUCGAUGUAGGCCGAGGUGGUUUGGAGGCAGAGCGACGAGCUCGAGAGCUGUUCGACAUUCGACAGACCUACAUCCCCGAAAUCGUGUUCCGACUGCACGACAUGCUGGUCGAAUCGUCGAGCGCCAUACCAACCAACCUCAACAUGGCACUUCGGCUGUCGGAGAUUGUGGCAGACGAACGACACAAGAUCUACCUCGAGUUCAUUCGAAGCAACACCAACUUGCUGCAGGAUUAUCUGCUGCGUGUUCGCGAAGCGUCCCUGUUGCUUCUUGACAAUGGCGGUGAUGUAUUUGAAAAGGCGGUGGAGUCGUAG